AAUCAAUCACAGAAGCCUUCAAUACUCAUUAACAACUACGAAAAAAAAUUCAGCUUCUGUUUGAAAUCAUGUCAACCACAAAACCUCAUGUUCUCAUAAUGCCUUAUCCUGCACAAGGUCAUGUGAUUCCUAUAAUGGAGCUUGCUCAUUAUUUAGUCAAGGAAGGAGUCAAAGUUACUUUCAUAAACACAGAGGUCACACACAAGCUAGUCACAAGCAACUGGUUAAACGAAGAUGGAUUUGGGGAUCUAAUGCAAAUGGUCUCGAUCCCUGAUGGGUUAGAACCAUGGGAAGACAGGAGUGACCUUUGUAAGUUGACAUUGUCAAUGUUACAAACCAUGCCUAGCAAGCUGGAACAACUUAUACAGACGAUUAACAAAGAAGAAAGCAACAAAAUCACGUGUGUUAUUGCUGAUGGCUGCAUGGGAUGGGCUGUAGGAGUUGUAAAGAAGAUGGGAAUUCGAAAUGCAGCCUUCUGGUCUGCCUCAGUUGCUACAUUGGCCUCCACUUUGUGCAUUCAGAAAUUAAUCGAUGAUGGUAUUAUAAACGAGAACGUAGGAAUUCCUCUAAACGGACAGAUGAUUCAGAUAUCAGAAACCAUGCCACCAAUAAAACCAGAGAACCUUGUAUGGGCGGGUUUUAAUGACGUGGCUACUGUAGAAGCCAUCUUCAAAUUGCUAGUAGACACUAAAGAUACUUACAGGAUGACAGAAAGGUUUAUAUGCAACUCGACUACCGAGUUGGAGCCUUCAGCAUUUAACCUGUACCCACAGCUGCUACCGAUAGGCCCGCUCUUGGCAAGCAACCGACUUGCUUACCAAGCAGGACACUUCUGGCAAGAAGACCCCUCUUGCUUAGCAUGGCUUGAUCAAAAACCAGAAAGGUCAGUCAUUUAUAUUGCAUUUGGGAGUUUCACUAUUUUCAACCAAACUCAAUUUGAAGAACUCGCGCAUGGUCUUGAACUUAGCAACAAACCAUUUUUGUGGGUAGUGCGGCUCGAUCUGACCAAAGAGAGUACUAUAACUGCUUUCCUAGACGGUUUCAUGGACCGAGUGGGGUCUCGUGGAAGGAUUGUGAGCUGGGCACCUCAACAGAAGGUCUUAGCUCAUCCUUCCAUAACUUGUUUUAUAAGUCACUGUGGUUGGAAUUCUACUUUAGAGGGCGUGACAAACGGACUCCCUUUUUUGUGUUGGCCAUACUUUGCUGAUCAGUUUUAUAACGAGACUUACAUUUGUGACAUAUGGAAGAUCGGGUUAGGGUUUAAGAAAGAUAAAAAUGGUAUCGUCAAUAGAGGAGAAAUAAAAGAGAAGGUGGAACAACUACUCGGUGACAAAACAUUUAGAGAUAUGGCCUUGGAUAUUAAAAAAAAGGUGACAAGUACGGUUCAAGAAGGCGGUCGCUCACAUCAAAAUCUUAGCAGUUUUAUCGAGUGGAUAUAUGAGGAAGACAUAUUCCAAGGAUCAACCUAAUUCUAUGUGAAGAUGGAUAUCCAAAACAACAUUGGCUAGGGGUAUAGCUUGACGUGUUGGCCAAUUUAAAAUAAAAACUGUGUCGAUGAUUGAGUAGAAGUAUAAGAUUAGGAAGCGUUUUUAUUUAUUAUUUAGGAGUACGUUAUGACCAUGUUUAUUUACUAUCGUUUUAAACUGUUCGUUUGUCAGUGUCGUAUCCGGGAUUCUGCAUCAAAAUACAAAUGUGGACAUCUUUAAAACCUA